AUGGGCGGCUACGGUGACUUCACCGACAUCUGCCACACGGCGCCCCUGCCGUUGUGUCCUUCGGUCGGUCCCAUCACGUCGGUCUCGAGCGGCGUCGGCAUCGAAACCAACUGCUACUCCCGGAACAUCGAGCUGGCCAACACCAUCAUUUUCCAGGGCGCGUCUAGUUUCAUGCACAUCAUCGCCCUCGGCAUGACCGUUGUCAUGAUCCUGCACAUCCGCGGCAAAUUCACCGCCGUCGGCCGCAAGGAAAUCCUUGCAUUCUUCUACUUUUACAUGCUUCUAUCCUUCGUCUCUCUCUGCGUGGAUGCCGGCGUCGUCCCUCCCGGCUCCGAUCCGUAUCCGUACUUCGUCUCCAUACAAAACGGGUUCACAUCCGCCAUGGUCACCUGCCUGCUGAUCAACGGCUUCGUCGGUUUCCAACUCUACGAGGAUGGCACGCCCGUCUCGGUGUGGAUGCUGCGGCUCUCGUCCUUCAUGGCCUUCGUCAUCUCGUUCCUCAUCUCCCUAGCCACUUUCAAGUCGUGGGCUGGUAUGGGCCCGGCCAACACAGUCGCGCUGUUCACGAUCUUAUACCUCCUGAACGGCAUCCAGCUCGUCGUCUACGUCGCCCUGCAAAUCCUGCUCGUCGCCCGCACUCUCGAGGACCGCUGGCCCCUGGGCGAUAUCGCUUUCGGCCUCUUCUUCUUCAUCGUCGGCCAGGUCAUCCUAUACGCUCUGAGCUCUACUAUUUGCCAGGGCACUAGCCACUACAUCGACGGCUUGUUCUUCGCCACCAUCUGCAACCUGCUCGCGGUUAUGAUGGUUUACAAGUACUGGGACUCAAUCACGAAAGAAGAUCUCGAGUUCUCCGUCGGUACCAGGAUGACCAACUGGGAGGUGAAGGAGCUGCUGCCCGAAGAAGAGCGGCGGACGACCGUGUACAUGGACGACCCAUACGGCCACCCCAGCGCCUACGACCAUUCUUCCCCUGGUUCAGACAUGGACGACUACAGGUAUUCCCGUCUAGAUAUCUGA